UCGUCUUGCCACCUGCCACUCCGGCCUCCCUGUGGAGCAGAGCAUUUUAUUGAUUUAAAUGUGCAGGAAUUUAACUGCUGGCUUGUUUAAGCCAAUUAACAGACCGGCUUAGCAACUAACUGUCAGCUUGACGGUCACGUGGGUUGAGAGUAUGUGCGCGCGCCUGUUCGAAAGCGGCUCACAGUAAAGAGCGCGCGCCUCUCCGUCUAUACAUUCCGCGGAGUGCACACACCUCUCCAUCCACGCGCGCACCGGAAAGAGCUCACACACCACUCUAUUCACACACACUUUACCAUCCACAAACGUACUGGGAGUAGCUCACACACCAACACACACACGCACGCACUUCACGAUCCACAGACGCACCGAGAAGAGUGUACACACCUCUCCAACUACAAGCACCUACACACACACACACACACACACGUCCAUUCACAGGCAAGAGCCGCAUCUGCGCACCAGUGUAUUUCCGACGUUAAACAGGAAAAGGUUUAUAGGAGCGCGAGGUUAAAGGAGGCAAAAACUCUAAAGUGCCAAAGUGCCCUGGUGUCUUGUGGGCAACGCGCCCGACUCAAGAUGUUUGAACACCAGGACCCCGCGCUGAAAACAACGACCGGUCAUAGAAUUUCCUUUUCAAUUAUGGACAUUUUGGACCCUCACAAAUUCACACGUAAAAAGCUAGACGGACUUUCCACAGCCUACAGCGAGACGCCUUUCCGGAGCACAGAGUUUGGAAACAUGUCCAGUUCACCCUGUAGCAGAGAUUCUCCAUCUCCAGCUGAGUCAUUACUUAUAAACAACAAUCCAGGUGAGUGCACAGAGGAAGAGCAGUGUAGCUCGCCGCUCACACCUGAUGUGGAGACAACCCUCGCCCUCCGUGACACACACUCUCGGCUCUCAUGUCCCAAAGACCCGGAUGAGGUGGAUGGCGAUGAAAAAAGCAGUAGCGUUAACUGUGUUGCAGACGUAUCCAACACGGAGGAUCCAGCGCGCCGCCGCCGUCGGUCCCGGUCCGAUCACGGGAGCGCGCGCCCCCGACGAGCCAGAACCGCGUUCACCUACGAGCAGCUGGUGGCGCUGGAGAACAAGUUCCGCUCAACGCGCUACCUGUCCGUGUGCGAGAGACUGAACCUGGCGCUGGCACUCAGCCUGACAGAGACCCAGGUGAAGAUCUGGUUUCAGAACCGCAGAACGAAAUGGAAGAAACAAAACCCUGGGGCUGCAGACAGCAUCCUGCAACCGCCGAGCGCGAGCGUGAGUCCGGGUGCGGGACUGUGCGGGUCCGCCGUGGCGGGAUUUCACUCUUACCCGCCUUUCAGCGAAGGAAAUCGUGUUUUCCACUCUUCCAGCGCCGUAGCAUUAUCAUCAACUGGUGCGCUCCUGCGUCCGUUUUUUUCUACUGGCUACCUGCAACCCACCUUCUUCCAGCCUCAUUUAUAAAAGGCAAUGUGACCUGCUAAAUGAAGGGAAGUGGAAUGAAGAACUUAAAAGUUAUGAAGUAAAUCUAACAAUCCAUAAUCACAGGAUUUCAUAGGUCUUUCUUGUGCGAUUCUGGUAAAUCCAGCACACCUGACUCACAAUAUAAACGGGCAAGAUCUAAAUUAGUUAACCUAUUUUAGGACUGAGAGGUUAACUACAGCCCAUACUGUAACUCAGCCAUGAGUCACAUUUUAUGAAUUUAGAUCAAACCUUGCUAAUACUUGAUACAGCUGCAACAACAUAUUUAUGUUGUUAUAAGAUGCAUUAUUGGAAGUGUACAUUUCAGUGAUUUACAUCAUGUAUGUGCCAUAAAUGUCAUUAAAUCCAACUAUUUAAACAGAACAUUAUGUGGAAACUGUGUAGAAAGGAAAUGUAUAACAAUAUAACCAGACUGAAUA